GAACGAUUUAGUUUCAAUGUGCGUGGCCCGUCAAAUUUAUAAUUAAUUAUCCAUUUAUCGGUGGUUCUGUUGCUUGUUCAUCUGGUCACGAAUAAAUAUGGAUUGGAUUCAUUGCAACUCGUGUUUUGUUCAACCUUGCAAAGAAAAUGGUUAAAAAAAACAGUUUCACUUGACCAGCUGCGGCCAUAUAUUUUGCGAAAACUGCACUUGUUUUGCGGACGGGACAACAGAUUGCUGCAAACAUUGUAGGAAUAAAUGUUCAUCCACUGUGAUAGGAGAAAAAUCAUUUAAAACCAACCCACAAGUCUUAGAAUAUUUCCAAGAACCAGAAGAAGUUUACGAAAAAUUGCUCAAAGUGAUGAAAUUUCAAAAAGCGCAUCGUAUUAAAUUAGUUGGACAUCAUCAAUACAUAAUAUCGAAGUACAAUAGAGCAAAAUUAUACAUUAAAAAACUGGAAAGUGAACUUAAGAUUGCUAAAAAUGCAUUGCGGAAUACACCACAACAUUCGCAAAGCAUUACGGAAACCCGAUCCAUUUCGACGCCAAUUUUUCCAAAAAAUUCAACACCGUUUAAUAUGAUUAACGCAGAAGCAAAAAUUCACAAUACUCCUGUAAACAUGAAACCGAAAAUGCCUGAUAUGAGACAUAGGAAACAGUCAUUUCGAAACGAGUUAUCAAUUUUAUCUACGGGAAGUAAUUUAUCUGGAGUAUCUACUCCAGCGUCUUCAGUUUACCAAAGUCCUUUUCAAGAAAUUCACAAUGAAAAAUUCAUGCCUACCAUCGAUAACUUACAAUUAAAUUCAUUUGGACAUGACUAUCUAAAACAGAACCAAAAAGACGUAUAAAAGAAAAGAAAUAUUAAUUUUAGUUUAAGUUGGUUAGAAUUACUUUAUUUCACAAGCAUGUAUAUAGUCAUAAUUUAAAAUUAAGUUAUAGAAAAGGUUUUUUUAUUAAAUUUAUUUAGGUUCUCAUAUUUAUAUAUUAUAUUGUUAUAUCUUACACAACACUAAGUCUUGUAACCAGUAGAUGCAAUUAUUCAG